AAGGGGUUCCAGUGGUGGCUCACCCGUGGCGGCGAAGGGACCUGCUCGCCUUCUCCUGCCUCACCUGCCUCAGUGCCAAGCCAGUCGCACUAGAGCCAUGGCACUGAGUGGUGGUGGCGGUGGAUGAGAGAGAGAGAGAGGAAAUAAGAGAGAAACGGAGAGCCGAGAACGAAUAAGCGAGAGCCAGAGAGGUUGGAGUUUUGUAUCGUCCACGUCCUCAAUGGACCCAGACAGCACCCAGAAUGGGGUCAGUAAGAAGAUGGGCCUUGCUCGCCUGGCCAAGGCUCGCAGCAUCUCCAACAGCCUAAACAACCUGCAGUUCAUUGAUGAUAACCCUGAGGGUAAAGGAGAACUAACAAGUUACUCAGACAUGCUAACCUCUGACUUCACAAUUCCUGCAGUUGUCCUGACCACCCCAACCCAGUCCCCACAAUCCCCUCUCAACCUCCCCAGCCUCCCCAAUGAUACUCUGCGAGCCCAGGAACAACACACUGAAGUACAAGGCUCACCUCUGAGGAGCUUCAGCAGGCAAGGAGCUGGUGUCAACUUAUUGCCAAACAAAAUGAAUGUGUCUACACUGAGUGGACAGCCAACAGAAAAGAAAAAUAAGGGUGCAAGUCCAGAUGACGAUGUGGUUUCUGUAGAUUCAAGUCAUGGGCAGGUGCCUUGUAGUGACCCUGAUUUUAUAAGAGGUGGGAAGUCAGGAAUAAAGGGAAGCCCACCUCAACAGAAGAUUGCUGCUGAAGGUGAUAAGCAGAGUGUAAAGUCUGACAGCAUGAACAGUGGUGAUUCACCUGGGAAGAAGAGUGAGUCUUCAUCUGGUUCACCUGGGAAGAAGAGCGAGUCUUCAUCUGGCUCCUCUGGAUUUUACUCGCCCAUGCUAGCAAGGCGUUCCCGCCUGGAGCCUCCAAAAGUCAAGCGGUCAAGAUCUCUUACACGCCUCACAGAAGCCAUAAAUCAGAUACAUAACCUUUGUGUUUUUCCUGCCCAGCCAGCAGUUGCUCCUGAAAAUCAGAAAGGAGGCUCCCCACCAAGCAGCCCUUCACACCAGCCUGUCAGUCUUCACCUCUCAGCCCCAGAGGUAAUGGGCGCCUUCACCCUUACCCCCCUCAUUGCCACGCACAGUAGAAUAGACAAAGAUCGUACCCAGUCUCCCAGGCUUUCAAGGCGGUCUGCAUUCAGGGGGACCAUGCAAGAUCGAAAACAGUCCAGCAUGUAUUCCCUUGAUGCAGUUGCCUCACAAACCAGUAGUUGCCCCGAUAAGAAUUCAAGCCUUGAGGAUAUAACACCUUUACCCCAUGUGACCAACCCGAGUGAUUCACCUCCUAGUCUUUCACGUGCGUUUGUGGUAGAGAAUGGAAUUAAUACCUCUAAAGCCCCUGGUACUAAAACACCUGCUUCUCACACUAAUGGUGAGGUUUUGGAUCCCAAAACACAGGGUAGUGAACAUAGACAGAGUAGAGGGAGAUCAAAAAGCUCAAGGGGGAAACAAAAAGUGAAAGGUACAACUAAUCCCAAGAGUGGUUGUGUGUCUGCAGAAUUAAAGCAUGCAAGUACUGCCCCUCACAGCCUAAGUGCUCAAGGAGACAGCCAGUCAACGAAGCCUGCUUUUGUAUUAGUAAAGAAGAUGCGUUCUGGAAGGGCCGUGGUGUGGGACAGUUACAAGCCCAUGUCAGAGGACCAUAGCAGCAUCUCCAGCAGCGACGACCGUGAGGAUGAUAUUGCGAAAGAUUCUCCUCACCAUGAUUACCGAUCUGCAUCACUGGAUGAACUGACAAACAUUGGCAUUCCUGUUGGGUUGCCUAUUUUGUCUCCAGGAGAUUUAAAGCACAAGAAUUACCUCUUUGGUGGCUUCUCAAGCCUGCUUGGAGCUUCAGAGCUAGAUCGCUACAUCCCUAAACGCUCCAUCACCAUAUUUAUUGCUACAUGGAAUAUGAAUGGCAAGGAGCCUCCUCAGAACCUUGAGGACUUCUUGUUGCCAGAAGCACUUGAGCAGGUUCCUGACAUGUAUGUUGUGGGCACACAGGAAUCUGGAGGCAGCCGAUCGGAGUGGGAGGUGCGGUUACAAGCAGCUAUUGGGCCAUCACAUGUACUCUUCACUUCUGCAAUUUUUGGUGUCUUGCAUCUCAUCAUCUUUCUCAGGAGAGAUUUACUCUGGUUUUGCUCAGUACCUGAAGAAGCAACUUAUAGCCUUCGUCCUGGUGUGGCAUACAAAACAAAGGGAGGUGUUGGCAUUGGUUUUCAGUUCUUUGGGACAAGGAUGUUGUUUAUAAACUCUCACCUUACAGCACAUGAGGAAAAGCAACAGUAUAGAAUCCAGAAUUUCCGUAAUAUUUGUCAUUCUCUGGAUAUCCCACGUCUUCUGCCACACAAGUUCAAAAAUAAAGAUGUUACCCAUCGUUUCGAUUGUGUCUUCUGGCUCGGUGACCUGAACUUCCGUCUGGCAGUCAGUCGAGACCAUGUGUUUGAAAGACUGAAGCAGCCUGGUCGUGAGGCAUAUGAGCAUCUGUUACAGUGGGAUCAGCUUUCCCAGGCACAACAAAAGGGUGAAGCAUUCACAGAAUUUAAGGAAGGAACAAUAUCUUUUCCACCAACCUUCAAAUAUGACCCUGGUACUGAUCAUUAUGACACUUCUUCUAAACAACGUGUUCCUUCAUACACAGACAGAAUUCUCUUCAAGAGUGGACGUGGCGCUAUCACAUGUUCCAGCUACAACUAUUGUCCUCUUUUUAGGACAUCAGAUCAUAAGCCAGUGUCAGGGGUGUAUGAAUGCAAAAUUAGACCUGGAAAGGAUGAUGUGCCAUUGGCUGCUGGGAUGUUCAACAGGGAUGUGUAUAUCGAGGCACUGAGGCGCAGGAGGAGGUUCCUCUACCAGCCUUCUAUGAAAAACUGUCCUGUUCAGUGAGGAAGCAUCCUGAGACAGAAAAUAAGAAUAGUGUUUGUGUAGAACAUGGCAGUAAAUCUGUCAAGUGGCUGAGAAGGGUUUACCUCCAAGCAAUGAAAAAUGCAAUCUGUUUUUGUUAGAGUAAAUUGUUGUGCAAUAAUAAUAAUUUUGUUAUGUCUUUAUUACUGAAAAAGUUAUGGUGCUUUAAGAAGCAUACAUUAUGGUGCAAAUGCAGGAGUUAGUUUAGACAGAUGUUAUAUUUUUUUCUUUUUAAUGGAUCUGGAAAAGUAGGAAAUUAUAAAUUUAAAUUUUAUUGUCACAUAUCUCUGUGCCAAAUUAGAAUCUCCUUAACUUUCAAGGAUGUCAUGAGAAUAUGUUGAGUGCAUUUAAUCAGUGAUUGUUAAGGUAGAAUAAGAAAGGUCAACAGAUCGUUUUUUGAAUCUCAGCUGAUAUUUUCAUAUGUAAUAUUUUCAUGAAAGACUGUUGUAUAGUUAUUGAAUCUUGCCAUCACUUCCUAUUGUGAUAUAUAAGCCUACUUAGAGUGACUUGUUUUCUUGUCUUUGGUGAACCCAAAAAAAAAUUUCAUAUGUACAGUAGUCAUGUCUUAUUUGGAAAGAGGGUUGAUGUGCCUGUUUUAGCACAAUUUGUGAAAUGAAAUGUGUUCAUAGACAUUUAGAACAGGUUAUCAUGCUGUAUGGUUUGUGAUAAAAAUUGGUGUAUGUGAAAGACCUGCAGAUUGGAUUGGAUAUAUUUUAUCUUUAAAACUUUAUCAAGACUUAAUGCUUACUUACCGUCCAUAAAAGGAAGGGACAAUUUCUGAAAUAGAAGAAAAACAGGUAAAACAGUAGUUGAUAAGGUCAACAGAAGGGGCAAAUUCACAUCAGGUCACAUAUCCUCUUUAAUGUGGAAAGUCACUUCAUUAAACUCAUCUGUGAUGUUUGAAGCAUUGUUGUAUAGGUAAAGUGAAUGAAGAAGUUAUUUAUCAUUGACUUUGUUAUAUGUAAUGUUGGAAGGCUGUAAUGGUGGCAAAAAGAGUCCUGAUGCAGUGUCUUGUUUUUACAUACACUACCUUGUGAACAUUCAGGUAGUGAGCAGCAAAGCCUUUAAAUCAAAAUAUUUGAAUAAUCUAAGGUCCAUGAUUUGCUUGUUAUUAUUGAACAUGUAUUCAUGUCAUCAUGGUAGUUGCCACCCAGUGUGCUGAAAAAUUUUCUGCCUCUUCAUUCAGUUUUACUAUAUUUUAUUUAUCCCACUCUGAAAGCAAAUGCAAAAUUUAUAUCCAAAACAUCUGUUUAGAGUUUCCUUUUAAAAAUGUGUUAUAUGUUUCCCUGUAGUGUGUUAUUAUUUUUCAGUUUAUGUUUAUGACUAGGCAAUUUCUGUACCUGUUCUUUAUAAACAUACACAGUACCUUUUAUGCAUCCGAUGCAAUAUUCCCUGAUAUUUAGAAUGUAUUUUAAGAUGUAGGUUUUUUCUAAAUUUGUUAAUUAUUAAUAAUUGUGAAAAAUAUUUUACUCCAGUGAAUAUUCACUCCAAUGAAUAUUAACAGAUUUAUUCGGUCUGGGAAAAAAGGUUUUCUCAGACUUUUUAUAUAUGUUGUAAUCACUUCCCAUAAGUCAUCCCAUUUCUCUUUUAUCCCUUUUUUGUUUAGUCUUCUCUACUUUCUGUUCAUUCUAAUAUUAUUUUUAUCUCUAUUCCACUCUGCCCUAUUCUGCUCUCCAUCUCCAUUUCAUUUUCCUACUAUCAGUACUUUCAUGCACAUUUUAUAUCAUUUUAUUUCUAGGAAUGCAGGUAUCCUGCAUUAGUUACUAAAAUUCAGAAUUCAUAGAUAACAAAUAAAGAAUUGAUAGCUUACUUUGCAGUGAAUCAGAUAGACAUCAUGUUUGCAGCUUUUCUUUUCUGUGAUCUCAAGAUAUGUGCAGUUAUUGUUCAUAAAAUGUUCAGCUGAAAAUGAAGAAUACACACAAAACUCCCUUUUAGUAAUAUAGUUUAAUACUGAUAAAUAGUGUAAAAUGUAAUUACCAGUACCCAGGCAAGAGUAAAUUGAUUUUUCUUUUCUGCAAUACAGAAGACCAGGGAUACUUGUAUCACAGAUAGAAGUUUUAGUUCUCUGGUAAUUUUUAAAUGUAAUGAAUUUCUUUAUUUUGAUUUUUUACAUUAAUUAACCCUGUCAGACAGUAGCAUAUCAGUCCAAUCUAGUCAUCUAGGUUUAUGAAUGUAUUUAUUGACAACUCACUACUUUGUGUUUAUGAGCAGGUAAUGUGAGCUGCCAUGAGCAGUGGAAUAUUAGGAAUUUCUCUCAGGACUUCCUAAUACAUAUUUGCAUUAAUCACAUUGCUAUUUGUAGGAGUUUGAAUGAUAAUGUGAAAUUCAGAAGGUUAUGCAAAUUGAAAAGGAUUGUUUGAAAAGUUCAAGAGGCAUUUUUUGUUUUUGUUUUUUUAGAUUUGAAAUUUAUCAAUGAUUAAGAUCAAAGUUUUAUUCUGAAAGUAAUAUAGGUGCAAUAGUAUGUUAUGUAUGAGUUAGCACUUGGGGUUUUAUCUGUAGACACAACUAAUGGUGUACUUUGCAUAUUAGCCUGAAAAUGUGAAGGCAUCAAGUACUAGGAAAAAAUGCAAAUAAUGGAAAUUCCUUAUUUAACAUAUUAGAAGAUUAAUAUUCAGACUUCCUCUUGCAUUAGUAAAGAUUUGGUGACUAAAGUUAGUGCAGUACUGAACUAUAUAUUAGCUAUUAUGUAUCAGAUUAUAGUGUUGGGACUGAUGGCAUGGAAUUAGCUCAGUACCUCUAAUAUGCAUUUAAGUAAGUCUCAUAAAGGUAAGCAUGCAAACACUGUAUUCCAACCAAGAUUGUCCUUUGUCUUAUAAUAUUAAGGUUAUAGUUCUGCACAACUAGUAGAUGAAAAAAAAAUUGCUCACACUCCUUCCAAUUUUAAUAAGGAUAAUUGUAGUUUUGCUAUCAAAAGAAUUGUUUUAAAGGAUGUUUUAAUAACUUAUAGAUUAUUUUGUUUAAGAUCAUGUUAUUAGCAUAGGAAUUUUGCCACCAAAAUUUGCACUGUAGUGUUCACAAGAUAGAUAGAAUGAUUUUUAUGGUUACAUGUUUCUGGUGUUGAGAAUAUUUGACAUUAAGCAGUCUUUAAGAUAAUACUAUUGCAACCUAUAUUGAAUAUCUAUGAUCGUUAUGCUUUAAUGAAGGAAUAGUUGAUGACCUAUGAAGUCAGUCAACUUGUAUGCCUUCAUGCAUAAGCAAGGCAGUGAAGAGAUUCAUCAUACAAAAAUGUUUUAUUUUAAUAAAUACGCUGUUUUACAAAUGUUAUUUUGCCUUAAAAGUAAAUUUGUAUUGUGAGUAUUUUUAUGUUGUAGGCUGUGUUGUAUUAUUUUUUUUGAAGCAAGUAAAUUUUGUGAAUCUUAAAGUCAUGAAGAGGAUUUCAAGAUCAUAUUUUUUUAAGGAAUUAGUUAUAAAGCUUUAAGUGUUAUAAUCAUUGUAAACUCUACUUUCAUGAAAUCUACUUAUCAAAACCUUGUUUCUGUUAUGGAACAAAAUAAAAGAUGAUAAUAUA